GGCAUUGCGCAGGCGCGGAUGGGUGUCAGUGCCGUGGGACGAUGAUCGGGGAGCAGGGGGAUGGAGAGUCUGUGGGUACCAGCGCCGGAAAUAAACGGUGUAGAAAUAAGCAACAGGCUGGGAAGGAUGUGGCAGUCCAGGGUACAAAUGACAGCAGUAUUGUUAGCAAGUGUUCAAUGGCCAGUUUAGGCUACUUCAAUGAUGGCUUUCUGAAGGGAUUUGUAAAUAAAACCACCAGAAGAGCUCCACUUAUCAAUCGUGGUUACUACGUGAGGGCAAAGGCAGUGGAUUAUAGUCUGCAUUGUUUCUUGCAAAAGACAGCCAGUUACUCACAGAGACAGAUCCUUUCACUUGGAGCUGGGUUUGAUUCCUUAUACUUUCGGUUAAAGGCAAGUGGGGAGCUGGAAAAUGUCAUUGUGUAUGAGGUGGAUUUUCCAGAUGUUGUUCAGCGGAAAGCCACUCUGAUUAAAAAUAAGCAGGAAUUCAUGGAGCUCAUAGGCUGCAUGAAUGAAAUUAAACCAGCCCAAAUGGAUAAUUUGUAUCUUUGUGGUUUGGAUUACAAAUUGCUUGGCAUUGACAUGACUGAAAUAGUGGACUUAGAUAACCUACUGAUGGAGACUGGCCUAAAUCCUGCUUGUCCGACCCUGUUGCUAUCAGAAGUUGUAUUGACGUAUAUGAGAGAUGCAAGUUCUUCAGCUGUAAUCCAUUGGGCGGCGAACAGAUUUUCAUCAGCAAUAUUUGUUGUCUACGAACAGAUACGACCAGAUGACCCCUUUGGUCAGGUUAUGCAACAGCAUUUUACACAUUUGAACUCCACUCUGCAUGCACUUACUCAAUUUCCUGGAAAGGAAGCUCAACGGAAACGUUUUUUAAGUGAGGGCUGGGAGGAAUGUCAUUGUAUUGACAUGAACGAGUUUUACACUGGAUUUAUUCCAGAACAGGAGAAGCGAAGGAUUGAAAUGUUAGAACCCUUUGAUGAGUAUGAGGAAUGGCAUUUGAAGUGUUCUCACUAUUUAAUUCUGAGUGCAUCAAAGGGAGACCUGAAAACAUGUCUGUCGUUCCAUCCUCCUCCAGAUUUCCAUGCCAUUAAACUAGAUACUUUUGAUCCACUGUGGAUCUGUGUAUCUCCAUGUGAGAUUGAAUCAGAGAAUCCUCUUUUAAGGAGAUUUGCCCAUUGUUCAUCACUUAUUGCCCCAAAUAUAGUCCUUAUUAGUGGAGGAUUUGGCAGCAGAGCUGGCCAUCAUGGACGCCUCAGGGGUGCAACACUAAUGACUAAAAGUGGACCAGUUUGGAAAUGUAGCUUUGUUGGCAAUGAGGGAUCAAUCCAUCUAUUGACUGAACGAAUGUUUCACAGCAUGACAUCUUUUUGUGACAGUUGCUGUGUAAUCUUUGGUGGCCGCACAUCCCCACUAAAGCCAGUCACCAGUGUCCUUUUGUUGAAAUGUGAAGUUGGCGAUGGUACCAUCUCCAGCAUCAGCUUGUCAGUAAAAGAGAUAGAAUGCAUUGGCACUGCACCAUCACCACGCUGGCGACACACAGCAACAGAAGUGAUUUAUAAAGGUCAGAGAUAUCUGUUCAUUUAUGGUGGUCGCUCUCCCAAAGAAAUGGUGCUAAAUGAUUGGCAUUUCCUGAACCUGGAAGACUACAGCUGGGCAGAUAUUCCAGUUAUUGGGCCUACUCCAGAAAGUCGCCAUUCCCACAGUGCCUGUUCAUGGAAAGGUGGUGUACUGAUUGCUGGAGGAUUAGGGGCAACACAGAUCCCUUUAGCAUCGGUCUUCCAUCUUAGACCAACCCAGUCUGGAUUUUUUUGGAACAGGAUAGAAGUAACAGGUUCUUUCAUUCCACGAUACUCUCACACAGCCCAUAUUCUUGAUGAUAAACUUUUUUUACUGGGAGGAGUGACAAUCUACUCUGAUUCAAUCCCUGAAGUGACUCUUAUUGACCUAAAGACAGGACAAAGUCUUGAUUACCACAUUAACACAAACCUUGUGAAGUGGCCUGUAAUGUUGCACAAUCACAGUAGUGUGCUGUUGGUGAAGGAACGCCAAGUGUUGGUUGUAGGAGGAGGAGGGAAUUGUUUCUCGUUUGGAACUCACCUGAAUCACCAACCAGUUCUACUGCAGCUUCCCGAGAUCAAAUGAACCUAUGCAUUUAGCGAUACAAAACACAGAGUACGAUCAGAGAAGCUUCAUUUGUGAAAUAUGAUCUCACUCAGUGAUUUCUGAUGCUGAGAACCCAUCAGCUGCUCUGUUGAAUUUGUUGAAAGUUUCAUGUAAAAUAUUGUGAGCUUAAACGCCUGUGAUCUUGGUCAUUAUCUGCAAAAUGUAUAUUGUUUCAAUUUUGGCAUUGUUUUUGUAUAUUUUUUUCCAUUUUAAAUGAUCAAUGCAAAUUUUAAAUAUAAAAAAUAGUUUUUGGUUAGCACUGAAAAUGGUGUAAAUUAUGAUUAGCAAGUGAAUUUCCCAUAAUUUGAUUAAUUACUCCCAGGAGAACUAACUGUGAUGUGAGCACUUACUCUGCUGCUCUCAGGAUGAUGAAAGAAUGCAUCAAUAGUUGCCUCAGUUUGCAGGUAAUUUAAAAGUAACUUUUGCCUAGUAACCUCAGCAGGCAAAAAGGCAAGAGGAUUCAGGAUUGUGGGAAUCAAGUUUGUUUGAAAACUAUGCAAAAAAUAAUUCCCUAUCUGUUUUGUAGUCAUUUCCCUAUUCUAAGAAAUGUUUCUGAACAAAAUUGAACCUUUCCGGUUUUAUCUGUGUGUAACAAAUGAAUGAGCUCAGUACGCCUAUCAAGGGCAUAGGUGCACAUUGCAAGCCGAGGUAUUUAGUAGAUCGAAUGUCUUUUUGAAUCUCAUUGCACAAUUAGACUCAGUAAAUCAAGAUAACUCUUUCUUUUAUACAUGAAAUAAAUCAGUAUUAUUUAAGAAAGCAUUAGUCUUGGAGACUAUACAGCACAUUCGGGGUUACUGUUCCUUUGCUGUUCAUCACAGUGCAAGUAAAAAUUUACCUUCGGGAAAUCAUCUUACUGUAUGAAUUUUAUCUUUCUGACCUCUACCUCAAAGUCAGGUGGAAAUCCUGAUUAGUCUGUAGAUUCACUAACAUUAAAAAUAAGUAGUUAUAUUUAAAAUAUUUUCAUAGCUGAAGUGAACGUUUUACAUCCUUAUAUGGUGGUCUCAAGGGUUGGUCACUGGCACAAGUAUAGUGGUACCUUAAGUUCAUGAAAAUGUUUGAAAGAAUGUACUAUACGAAUUACAGUGCUUCUCAAGUUAACUGUAGUGGAUCUAUUUCCGGAAAGUGUACCUUUUAAAAUCCAAAUAUUUUUCUAGGAUUUAUUAUUUUGUACUCCUCCAUAAUGCUUGUACUUACCCAUCAUUGUUGAUUCCUAGUUUGUUCUAAAAUGUUGGCCAAUUUGUAAAUAUUAUGUGCACUCUACUGGGGGCAGUUUCACAUCAAAGCCAGAUAUUAAAUUCAUUUUCUUAGACAUUUUUGUGGACAUCUAAUCAAUAAUUGCAUGUUUUCUGAUGAUGUUAGAGAUAAAUUGACAUUUUUAAGGACAGGCUUUGACACCAGCAGCUAGUGAUAAGAUUCACAGAGCAAUCUUCUGUGCUCCAAGGGAACACGUUGACUUGUAAAGAUCUGUGUAAUUGGGGAUAUGUUGAAAAAGCCUCAUGGCAACACCCUCACUGCAAACAUAGGCACUGUUUGACUACAUCACCUUUCAAGGAAGGGGUCAGAAGGAUGUUUGCAUGAUUGGAGUUGAGAACUGCUGCACCGACCAUCACCUAAUCCAGUCUGCUGUCUCCAUCAGCAUUGUCUAAAAAUGGCAACAAAAGGCCCACCUCAGGAAAUUCAACAUCAGUGGACUGAAGGAAGUUUCUGAAGACUCACACAAUCAGUGACUCUCAGAAUCCUGAUGACACUCAAUGAAUAGUAACCAUAAAAUACUCAGAGAACCUGGCUUGACUGUAAGUUCAUCAUAAUACAGCAACUUACCAACAGUUAUGACUGACAUGGAUUCUUCAACACAGUUGAGACAAUCUACUGUUCCAGAACUCACUGACCUACCCAGUGAGAGCUAAGAAUGGAGUAACACUCAUCACAGACAAAAAGGUAGUGUGCACUCAGUGGAAGGAGCACUUCAAGAAUCUCCUCAACCAAGGCUUGGUCUUCAUUAUUAGUGCCAUCAACCACAUCCCGCAGCAAGCUACCUGUCACCAUCACGGUACAGCCCAACACACUUUAAGGUUAAAAAGAUGAUCUGACAGCUAGGAACCAAGGCCACCAGCACAGAAGGAUUUCCUGCUGAAUUGCAACUUGUACAUGACAUCAUUUUCCUAAUCUGUAGAUUGAGAGUAUGCCGAAGAUCUCAAGUAUCAUAACCAUCUUUACGAAAGGAGAUGAGACUGAUUGCAGUAUCGACAGAGAAGUAUUGUUGCUAUCCAUUGCAAAUGAUGUCUAUGCAUUAAUCCUUCUCAAUUGCCUUCUCCGACUGACUGAAGAGCUCCUACCAGAGUGUCAAUGCAAAUUCCACUCCAUCCCACCAAUGGGCAUAGUGGACAUGAUUGUCACUGCAAGACUUUUUGUUUAAGAAAAGUGCACCUCCUUUGACCUCUCAAGCUUUUGACUCUCAUCUGAAAUUGACUAUGGAGUAUCCUGUUCAAAUUUAGCUGCCUGCAGAAACUCAUCACAAUCCUUUGCCUCCAGACUGUAAAAAGAUGAUAUCCUGUCUCUCAUUGCAGAAAAAUAGCAAAUAAUUGGAAGAUAGGCAAGCAGAGAGUGAGAACAGCUAGCUAUGAGCUGCUGCUUCUGACUGGUGACUGAAAGGCUGAACGAUUAAUAUGCUAACUACCAUGUGCCGGCAGCGUAGAAUUGAAAGGACUUGAAAAGUAGAUGAUGACUGGAGAGCAGAAGCAUUCUUAAGAGGCAAAGGAACACCUGAUUGCAUCCAGUGAACCAGUGCUAUUUGACUGUUUCGUUAAAAAAUGUUCUGCACCCAUGACAUCUUUUUUUGUUUGUGUCUGUCUGCAUGUACGUUUAAGGGUUUACAAAGGGGUAAAGUUUAAGUUGAGCAAUAGUUAAUAACUUGUUUUUGUUUACUUGUGGUUAGAAAUGAUUUAUUUGUAAUAUGUAGUUUCUUGUUAAGUACAGAAACCUAGCUGUGUUUUCAAGACCUGAGGUAAUCAGGCAGGAAAGUUUGGGACUCAAAGUAAUUUGAUUAAAUCUUUAACUUUUGUGACAA